AUGCAAGAAAUUAUAUCAUUUGCUGAUUGUAAUAAAGUGACACAAGAGCAAAUACAAGCUGUUCACAAUAAAAUUAAAAUAAUAAACAAAGAUUUAACCUGUCAAUUAACCACCGAUUGUACCGCAAUUCCAACAGGUGCACGAGGUUGUGGAGGUCCAAGUGGUUAUGUUGUUGUAUCAAAAUUAAAUCAUCUUUAUUCAACAGUUGAGGAAUAUGCUAAAAAAACAGAAGAAUUAGAACAACAAUAUAACAGAGAAAACAAUGUCAUAUCAACUUGUAUAUUCAUCAUGCCACCACAAGUUGCUUGCAUAUCAAAUGAAUGUGCAACGGAACCAAACAAUCUUAGAUGA